CUUGGACCGGCGCUGUAAUAAGAUCUGGAGCUGAGCAUACCUGGUGAAGCCCAAAAUGAACAUCAAUAAUUAUUGGAAAAUGCCACUGAGUAAUGCUGCCAACACACCUUCAAUUACUCUGAUAACAUAUGAAAACAAAUACUUAGAUCCCACUCGGAGACUCUCUGCCCAGACAGCACUUGAAGACAGGCAGUGAAUGAACUCGGACUGUCUGCCCAGGCCCGGAAAGCAUUAAUAGCUGCAAUUUGUUCUGAAAGACUACCUAAAAGCAGAAGGGCGGUGGAGGAAAAUCCAGCCUGCCGUUAGUCUGAAGUGUUGGCUCAUCCGAAGUGAUCUAUUUCCAAGGAUCUGAUUGUGUCAUCCUGCUUACUUAAGCACAGCAAGAAUGAAUAAAUCCACACAAGAGCUCUUCUUGAAUUUUAUGGUGGUUUUGAUGACUGUGCUACUUAUGUGGCUACUUGUUAAAUCCUAUCAGGAAUGAGAAACUGUCUUCAAUGUAAAACUAGCGUUUACAAUAAAUUGUGCCAGUCUGUCAUGGCUCUGUUCCUCUUUAACUGUUCAGUGGCUACUGUCAGAUAACUUAAACUGGGAAAUUACUUGCUUGAAUUCUUGUUUAUUUUCUACUUUUCUUCUUUUGCCUAAUGCCCUAUUCUUACCCUCUGUAAUGUAACUGAAAGGGCAUGUGUCACCCCUUUAUGAUUUAGGAGCACAAUUGUGAAGUGUGAAAUUCCUAACAAAGAACAAAGUCACUCCACACUGUUAGCUUUGUAACUUCAUGCGUGUACACCUGUAACUGUUGGGUGCAGUGAGCUACAACUCAAUACAAUUUGACCAUUUGUGGACCUGCAUGAGAUGACAUGGCAGUGACAAUACUACCAUCAAGAAUGUCAUCAGUAUUCAAACAGAAGAUUGGUGUAAAUUAAGCAAUACUUCUCUAUGGCACUUUGUAGUCUGGUACUAUGGUUUAUGAUCUUUCACCUGGGUUGCACUAUUCUUAUCUGAAAUCCAGAAAUAUGGGAUGGCACAUGCCCUUUGGUUCUUACAGCUACCUCCAUGCUAUUUUUAAUAUAAUGUGUUGGUACAUAAAUGCUUUACUUAUCAAAUGGUAUUUCAAAGAAAGUUUUGAUUAAAAUAGUCAAAGUGAAUGUACUCCCACAUAUAAAUGGCACUACUAAAUUCCAAACUGUUCCAAUUUCUGUACAGUGAACAGUCUGCUUUCUACUUUUUGUUCUUUCUUGCCUUAUCUUGAAAUGAAAAACUUAAUUGUCUUCACUUUAGAAAUAUUCUGUAAUAUUCCUUUUGCCUUGAUCAAUCAACUGUCACAGAUUUAGGCCUUCUUAACUUCUGAUUGUGGAGUUCAACAUUAUAUUGAAGUGAAUUUUCAGAAGGCUAAAGAUUCAAUAUAGCUUUUCUUCAUGUAUCACUUUGUUGUAAUUAAAUAUACACCUAAACUUACUUAUUGUUUUCUGUUACUUUGUUCUACCUUCAUCAGUAGUGUCAAUUUAUCAACUCAUUAUAUUUUACCAGGCUUGGAUAUAUUCUACAAAGUUCAUAUGAAUGAAAAGUGAAAUGUAGUCCAUUCUAUUGUAUAGAUCUUAGAUAUUUUUGUAAGCCCUGAUGUGCUGCAUAUCCAGAAUGGUAUAGUACCAACCAAUGGCUAGACCACAAUAAGGAUUUACGAGGAUGAACACUUUCUAUUUGCUAGCUUUAUGAUUGAUUUACUCACACACUUGUUUUGGUUAAAAAAACUACCAGUUUGCUAUUAUGUGGCCACAUGAGGAUAACUUGCCUACAUUCCAGUUUCAGGGAUCUCUGGGGUGGCUGAUGAAGCCAAUGAGGGAUCUGUAGACUCUGGCAAAAGUAGAGCAGGAAGUGCUUGACAGGGCAACUAGGUGGGUUGCAAUGGGACAUGUCACGUUCCUUCUUUCCACCCUUGGUGAUAGCUUCCACCUGCUCCAGACAAAGAAACCUGAAGUUCAGCAGCCUGAGUAGGGAUUCCCAUGACUGGAUAAGGGAAUAUUAUAUUUUUAAGGAGGCUCUGAGAACAUGGUUAUUUCAGUAAUAUUGUAAAUAUACUGUUUGAUUUAACAUUCUUUGUUGUUUAUGUAAUUCAUUACGAGUUAUAUGUAAAAGUAUGUGAAUGGCAAAUGUCAUUACACCACAAUGUCAUAAGUGCCGCUUU